CCACCCUGCUCUGUGUCAGCUGUCUACGCCUGCAUGUCUUGCAAAAGGAGGCCCUGGAGGGGCAGGGGGAGUGCCAGGAGAUCCUGUGUGCACGCGAGUGUGCACGAGCACCUGUGUGCACACGAGCACCUGUGAGUGAAUGUGCACGAGCACUUGUGUAGGGCUGUGUGUGAGCAUGCGUGUGGACGAGCACGUGUGUGUGUGCACGAGCACGUGUGUAGGGCUGUGCGUGAGCACGCAUGUGGACGAGCACCUGUGUGUGUGUAUGCACGAGUACGUGUGUGGACGAGCGUGUGUGUGAAUGAGCACCUGUGUGUGUGCCUGAGCACGUGUGAGUGUGCAUGAGCACAUGUGUGUGGAUAAGCACGUGUGUGCACGAGCAUGUGUGAGCACCCAUGAGUGUGCACGAGCACGUGUGUGUGAGCACCUUUGUACACGAGUAUGUGUGUGUGAAUGAGCACGUGUGUGUACACGAGCACGUGUGUGCACGAGCACGUGUGUGUGGAUAAGCACGCAUGUGGACGAGCACGUGUGUGUGCACGAGCACGUGUGUAGGGCUGUGCGUGAGCACGCAUGUGGACGAGCACCUGUGUGUGUGCACGAGCACGUGUAUAGGGCUGUGCGUGAGCACGCAUGUGGACGAGCACCUGUGUGUGUGCACGAGUACGUGUGUGGACGAGCAUGUGUGUGAAUGAGCACCUGUGUGUGUGCAUGAGCGCGUGUGAGUGUGCACGAGCACGUGUGUGGAUAAGUACGUGUGUGCACGAGCAUGUGUUUGUGAGCACCCAUGAGUGUGCACGAGCACGUGUGUGAGCACUUUUGUGCACGAGUAUGUGUGUGUGAAUGAGCACGUGUGUGUACACGAGCACGUGUGUGCACGAGCACGUGUGUGUGGAUAAGCACGUGUGUGUGCACGAGCGCGUUUGUGAGCACCCAUGAGUGUGCACGAGCACGUGUGUGGAUGAACAGUGUGUGUGCACGAGUAUGUGUGUGGACAAGCACGUGUGUGGAUGGGCACGUGCGUGUGAGUGUGCACAAGCACACGUGUGUGCACAAACCACGUGUGCAAAUGUACACGAGCACGUGUGGGGGUGCGUGCAAGUGCAUGAGAACGUGUUUGUGAGCACCCAUGAGUGUGCACGAGCACGUGUGUGGAUGAGCACCUGUGAGUGUGCAUGAGCACGUGUGUGUGCACGAAUACGUGUGUGUGCACGAAUACGUGUGUGAAUGAGCACCUGUGUGUGUUUGCACGAGUACGUGUGUGGACGAGCACGUGUGUGAAUAAGCACCUGUGUGUGUGCACGAGCACGUGUGUGUGGAUGAGCACCUGUGAGUGUGCGCGAGCACGUGUGUGUGAAUGAGCAUGUGUCUGUGCACGAGCAUGUGUGUGUGAGCAUCCAUGAGUGUGCACGAGCACGUGUGUGGAUGAGCACCUCUGAGUGUGCACGAGCAUGUGUGUGUGAGCAUCCAUGAGUGUGCACGAGCAUGGGUGUGGAUGAGCACCUCUGAGUGUGCACGAGCACGUGUGUGUGAGUGUGCACGAAUACGUGUGUGUGAAUGAGCAUGUGUGUGUGCAUGAACACGUGUGUGUGAGCACCUGUGAGUGUGCACGAGUAUGUAUGUGUGAAUGAGCACGUGUAUGUGCACGAGCACGUGUGUAGAUGAGCACAUGCAUGUGAGUUGCACAAGUAUGUAUGUGUGAAUGAGCACGUGUAUGUGCACGAGCACGUGUGUAGAUGAGCACAUGCGUGUGUGUGCAUAAGCAUGUGUUUGUAAGCACCCAUGAGUGUGCAUGAGCACCUGUGAGUGUGCACGAGCACGUGUAUAGGGCUGUGCAUGAGCACGCGUGUGGACGAGCAUGUGUGAGUGUGCAUGACCACGUGUGUGUGGAUAAGCACCUGUGAGUGUGCACGAGUACGUGUGUUGGCGAGCACGUGUGUGAAUGAGCACCUGUGUGUGAAUGUGCACGAGCACGUGUGUGUGGAUGAGUGUGUGUGAAUGUGCACGAGCACGUGUGUGGAUGAGCACCUGUGAGUGUGCACGAGCACGUGAGUGCACGGGCACAUGUGUGUGGACAAGCACGUUUAUGUGCACGAGCACGUGUGUGUGAGCACUCAUGAGUGUGCACAAGUACGUGUGUGUGGAUAAGCACGUGUGUGCACGAGCAUGUGUUCGUGAGCACCCAUGAGUGUGCACGAGCACGUGUGUGGAUGAGCACCUGGGAGUGUGCACGUGUGUGUGUGAGCACGGGUGUGUGAGUGUGCACGAGCAUGUUUUGGAUGAGUACCUAUGAGUGUGCACGAGUACGUGUGUGUGAAUGAGCACGUGUGUGUGUGCACGAGCACGUGUGUGGAUAAGCACAUGCGUGUGUUGCACGAGCAUGUGUUUGUGAGCACCCAUGAGUGUCCAUGAGCACCUGUGAGUGUGCACGAGCACGUGUGUAGGGCUGUGCAUGAGCACGCGUGUGGACGAGCAUGUAUGAGUGUGCACGAGCACGUGUGUGGAUGAGCACCUGUGAGCGUGCAUGAGCACGUGUGAGUGUGCACGAGCACAUGUGUGUGGAUAAGCACGUGUGUGAGCACCUGUGAGUGUGCACGAGUACGUGUGUGUGAAUGAGCACGUGUGGGUGCAUGAGCACGUGUGUGUGAGCACCCAUGAGCGUGCACGAGUAUGUGUGUGUGAAUAAGCACGUGUGUGUGUGCACGAGCAUGUCUUUGUGAGCACCCAUGAAUGUGCACGAGCACGUGUGUGGAUGAACACCUGUGUGUGUGCACGAGUAUGUGUGUGGACGAGCACGUGUGUGGAUGGGCAUGUGCAUGUGAGUGUGCACAAGCACACGUGUGUGCCCAAACCAUGUGUGCAAAUGUGCACGAGCACAUGUGGGGGUGCGUGCAAGUGCAUGAGAACGUGUUUGUGAGCACCCAUGAGUGUGCACGAGUACGUGUGUGGUCGAGCACGUGUGUGAAUAAGCACCUGUGUGUGAGUGUGCACGAGCAUGUGUGUGUGGAUGAGCACCUGUGAGUGUGCACGAGUACGUGUGUGUGUGAGCACCCAUGAGUGUGCACGAGCACGUGUGUGGAUGAGAACCUGUGAGUGCUUGAGCACGUGUGUGUGAGUGUGCACGAAUACGUGUGUGUGAAUGAGCACCUGUGUGUGUGCACGAGUAUGUGUGUGGACGAGCAUGUGCGUGUGAGUGUGCACAAAGCACGUGUGCAAAUGUGCACGAGCACAUGUGGGGGUGCGUGCAAGUGCAUGAGAACGUGUGCAUGUGUGUACUUGUGUGGGUGUGCAUGUGAGAAUUCAUGUGUGUGUGCAUGUGUGAGAGAAUGCACGUGUGUGUGCACGCAUGUGUGUGUGUUUGCACACGUCCCUCCAUCGCCUCCAUGCUCCAGGACUGAGAGGGCAGUUGUCAAAAGUCAGCCUGUCAGCACAUGUCCACUUGGGGUGUCUCUCUGGGCUCCAGGUGAGACAGACCCGGCAGGGGGCAUGCAGGCGAUGUGUGUGCAGGUGGGGCUGCUGCCAAGGGAGCAGGGGUGAGGGGCUGGCCUUGCUGGCCUCUGCCAGCGUCCAGCCCAUCCUGCAAGUCUCUGCUGCCCCUGGCUCAGCUCUGGGCAAAGCGGUUUGUCACCCCCCAGGGCACAGUGUGGCCUCAGGAGGAACAGCACCCCCUCCGCCUUCCCUGCCUCCCAGGCUCUCCAAAGCUGGGUUCCUGUCCCCUUUUUAGCUGGGCUGGGCGGGGGGGCCUGUCAUUCCUGCCGAGAGUCCCUAGGUGGCAUUUGAGACCAACCUUUCCACGCUGAAUGGGGCCACACCUCUCUUGGGCCACCGAGGGGUGUGCACGUGAGCUGAUCUCUGCAGGGGCUGUUCUGGGGAUGGUGUCCCACCAGAAACAGGCCGGGACCCCCUUCCCACGCCCUCUUUGCACGUCCCACAUGGUCCUGCGUCCCUCCACCUGCGCCCCAGGCCUGCUUUGUGUGCCCAGGCUGUGGGCCUCACCGUCUGUCACCCCGUUUGGUCUGAAGCAGCGUCACAUGGAGGCAUGCAUCCCCACCUUGUCCCUGGACCCCAUGAUUCAUAGUUCACCCUGAAGCCACGGUAUAGGAAUGAACAUAGGUGUUCACCCCCACCCAGGUGUGACCCGGGGCAAGCAAGCCUUGCUGAAAAGAACAGAAGGGCAGGACAGUGGGCCUUCUGCCUCCUGCGGGGUGUGGAGGGCAGACGGCCUCUCCUCUUCCCAAGAGGACCCCUGUCUCCUGAUGGGGACAGACCCCCGAGACAGUACAGUGCCCGAGAACCUGCUCCUGGCCAGCAAGUGCAAAGGGGCGGCCGUGAAGCUGGCGGACUUCGGCCUGGCCAUCGAGGUGCAGGGGGACCAGCAGGCAUGGUUUGGGUUCGCCGGCACGCCAGGCUACCUGUCCCCAGAGGUCCUGCGCAAGGAGGCCUAUGGCAAGCCGGUGGACAUCUGGGCGUGCGGGGUGAUCCUGUACAUCCUGCUUGUGGGCUACCCCCCCUUCUGGGACGAGGACCAGCACAAGCUGUACCAGCAGAUCAAGGCAGGAGCCUACGACUUUCCGUCCCCCGAGUGGGACACGGUCACUCCUGAAGCCAAAAACCUCAUCAACCAGAUGCUGACCAUCAACCCCGCCAAGCGCAUCACAGCACACGAAGCGCUGAAACACCCGUGGGUCUGCCAACGCUCCACCGUGGCCUCCAUGAUGCACAGGCAGGAGACCGUCGAAUGCUUGAAAAAGUUCAAUGCCCGGAGGAAGCUCAAGGGUGCGAUCCUCACCACCAUGCUGGCCACGAGAAACUUCUCAGUGGGCAGACAGACCACCGCUCCGGCCACAAUGUCCACCGCGGCCUCCGGCACCACCAUGGGGCUGGUGGAACAAGCAGCCAAGAGUUUACUCAACAAGAAGGCUGACGCGGUGAAGCCCCCUACAAACAGCACCAAAAACAGCACCGCUGCCACCAGCCCGAAGGGGACACUUCCUCCGGCCGCCCUGGAGCCUCAAACCACCGUCAUUCAUAACCCCGUGGACGGGAUCAAGGAGUCAUCGGACAGCACUCACACCACCAUAGAGGACGAGGACACAAAAGCGCGGAAGCAGGAGGUCAUCAAGAUCACCGAGCAGCUCAUCGAGGCCGUCAACAACGGGGACUUCGAGGCCUACGCGAAAAUCUGUGACCCAGGCCUGACCUCGUUCGAGCCUGAAGCUCUGGGCAAUUUGGUCGAAGGGAUGGACUUCCACAGAUUCUACUUCGAGAACCUGCUCGCCAAGAACAGCAAGCCCAUCCACACGACCAUCCUGAACCCGCACGUGCACGUCAUCGGGGAGGACGCCGCGUGCAUCGCCUACAUCCGCCUGACGCAGUACAUCGACGGGCAGGGCCGGCCCCGCACCAGCCAGUCCGAGGAGACGCGCGUGUGGCACCGUCGCGACGGCAAGUGGCAGAACGUGCACUUCCACUGCUCGGGCGCGCCCGUGGCCCCGCUGCAGUGAAGAGCUGCGGCCGGCUUCGCGGGACAGACUCGGUGUUUGGAGCCUGGCCGCCCUCCCGUGGCCUGCCUGUCGCAUGUUUGUGUCUGCCUCGUUCCUCCCCUGGUGCCUGUGUCUGCAGAAAACCAAGACCGGACGUAAUUUCUUUUUAACACCAAGAUGACGACCACCACACACACACACAAUUGAUGUUGGAUGAAACAGGAGAACAAAACAAAGGAAAAAGCUGUACAAAUCACUGGCAUUUGUGGGGCUUCGAACCGACGGGCACCCCCCCCAUGCUCCAUGUGUCUGUCCGCCCCUGGCCCCUCGGGGACCGGUGGGGCAGUGACCGCAUCCACAGGGGCCGGGCUGAGGACCCGCGUGUGUUAGAUCUGCAUCCCCCGCCGUGCAUGGCUGCCGUCAGGAGUGCCGGCCACCUGGGGCCAGGGGGACCUGAGCACGGCUGUUCCCCUCCCUUCCUCUCAUGCCCCCAGCAUGGACGAGCAGUGCAGAGGCCGGGCCGGCCCCCGGGGCCCCGAUGAGCCCUCUGAGACGCCCCCGCGGGCCCAGGGCUCCCACUCCGGUCCCUCUAGGGCCGGGGAGGUGCAGACCUCACGCCUGGCGGGAGACUGGCCAAGAGGACACUGUUGGCGGCAGCCCCAUUGGGGAGGGGAACCCUCGGGCCGGCCUCCCUCCUGUUCGGGGUGCCUCCCCUUCUGCCCACCUCUCCCCUCGCCAGCUGGUGCGGCCACAGAGGGGCUCCGGGCUUGGUCAAGACACAGGAAGGGGAGGGGGGUCAGAAAGCGGGUGAGUGGCACCCUGGGCUCCCGGUGGGCACAGCACGUGUUUGCGGACGGUGCUUUUGGAGUCUGGCCCAGAGCAGAGGGAGGGCCGGCUGCCCCGGGCCUGAAGGGCAGGGUGCGGCGGGCCCCCCACCCCCACCAGGCCUCUCCAGGCUGCAGGGUGGGACAGGGACCACGGGAUGAGAAGAGAGGCUGGGCCCAUCGCGAGGCAUGCCCUGCGUGCUGGUGGGCACCGUGGCGAGGCUUGGGGAUGGGCCCUGCGGUCAGAUGGCAGCAGAGAGCGCCCAGGGUAGCUGGCCAGGGGGGUGGUCGGGCUGUGAUCGCAGAGGGUGCGGGACCCUGCUGUUCCAAUACCUGCCCCUUAACUCCCAUUUGCAACAAGGAUUUUCUUUAUCUUCCCCCACAAAUUAAGCCAAGGGAGGGCACAGAGUGGGGAACGGGGCACAGGAUGCUGGUCUCCCAGGGGACUGUCCAUCAGCAGACACUCAGAAUGGACACUCAACCUGCCCGUCCACGGCUGUGCUCGGGACAGCUGUCCCCACCCAUGGACACAGGGUAAACAUCCGCCAGGCUCCCUGGGCCGCGGGCAGCGGCAGGGCUCACCGGGGACAGCGUGUGGCCUGACCACCCUCCCCUCCGGGGCCCUCCUCCCCUCCUCCCCUCCCGUUAUCUCCACGGAGCUGCCUGUCUGGGAUAAUUUGGGGAUUUUUUCUGGGGGAUAGUUCUUUUGCAUGACCCCUCUCGAGCAGGCCACACCUGCUCGUCUAGCUAGAUGUCGGAGGUGUGGCCACUCUGCGGAGGGCCGGCUGCCCGCAGUGCUGGCCGGCCCCCCCCCUUCUCUCUUUUUGCUGAGUUCCAUUGUCUUUUCUUUCUGAGCCUUGUAAGUGUAAAAAAUCAUUAUUUUGUUCUGUCUCGGGAAACUGCAAAUAAAAGAAAAACAGGACAAACGGC